AUGGCACCAGACACGCUCUCCCUCGCCGGCAAGGUCGCCAUCGUGACCGGCAGCGGCCGCGAGAACGGGAUCGGGGCCUCGAUCGCCAAGACGCUGGCGCGCAACGGCGCCGCGGUCACCAUCAACUAUGUCUCCGAGAGCAGCGCGGUCAAGGCGGAGAAGGUGGCGCAGUCGAUCCGCGACGAGUUCGGCGUCGGCGUUGCACUCGUUCGGGCCAACGUGGCGACACCUGAAGGGUGUGAUAAGAUCGUUUCUGAGACGCUGAGCCAGCUGGGCGUGGAUCAUGUGGAUAUUCUGGUCAACAACGCAGGGGUCGUCGAAGCCUGCACGCUAGCGCAAGCGGACCGCGCCCUGCUCGAGCGCAUCUUCGGCGUCAACGUGUACGGGACCAUCUUCAUGACGCAGGCGGCCCUGGGCCUCGGCAAGAUGCCCCGCGGCGGCCGCGUCAUCCACAUCGGCAGCGUGGGGUCCAAGAUCGAGGCCCCCGGGAUAGACGUGUAUGGCGCGAGCAAGGCGGCGCAGGAUUUCUUGACGUCGUCGUGGGCGAGGGAGCUCGGCCGCAGCCGCGGCAUCACCGUGAACACAGUCGCCCCGGGCGUGAUCGUCUCGGACAUGAGCGAGGAUGUCAUCGACAUCGUCGGGCCGUUCGUCGCGCUGCAGCGAGGGGAGAACCGCGCGGGGAAGCCCGAGGAGGUCGCGGAUGUGGUGCUGUUCCUGGCGUCGGAGAAGAGCGGCUGGAUGACGGCGCAGUAUGUGGCGGUGGAUGCGGGGUUGACUACUACUGCUAUUUGAUGAUGGGGAGGAGGAGGAGGAGGCUGUAAGGGCGGAGAGAGUAAAAAAUAGUACGAGUGUGUGGGUGUGGGUGGGUGGGUGUAUGGAAUAGUCCAAGAUGUCUCUCCUCACUUCAUAUGAUAUGAGUAGUGUAAGCAUACCUAUACAUUACUACAUCAGUCGUAUCCCAUCUCUUCGUUUUACGUGACACGCAAAUCUUUGACUCUUUCGCGGUAAAAUCAUCGCUUGCUCCUUUCUCAAGCCUCAAUACCUAUUACCUACCCCUAGGGCCAGGCCACGGACAUCCAUCCACGCCCCUCUCCCCCUUUCACCCCGCCGCAGCACCUCUCGCCGCCAAAUACCCAUCAAUCUCCCAACACAGCCUCUCCGCCCUUCCCCCCUCCCCCUCCCCAUCUCCAUCC